AUGGCCAAUGUGGCCUUAAAAAAAUGGAAUCACGCGUUGAACUGGAAGAAAAACGAAUCGAUUUUGGAAAUCGGUAUGGGUCCCGGCUAUAAUUCGGAAAAAUCCUUAAUACCACUCAUACCGAAGGACUAUAACGAGUUUAUUGGCAGUGACGUUUCCAAAGAAAUGUUAGAUUACCUGAACAAAAAUUGCCUUAUUCCAAAGUCGAAAUUCGUAUUUCUGGACGUUAUGAAUGAGCCUCCGGUCGAGUAUCAAAAUCGGUUCGAUCAUAUUUUCGGCUUUACCGUCAUGCAUAGGCUAAUCAAACCAAGAAACGGGUUUGCGAGCGUUUUCAAAAUGCUCAAGCCCGGAGGAACUGCAUUUUUAACGUUCUUCGACCGAGCUCCGAUCGACGAUGUCUUCGAUAGGAUGCGAUUUAAUACGCUUUGGAAUAAAUACAAACAGGGCGAAAUGGUUUCAACUCAUUAUUACACCGAGGAUCCUUACAAGGAAUACAUCAAAGACAUAGAAGCUGCAGGGUUUGAAAAAUAUUGGUUAGAUAAAGACGAAAUGACUUACGUUUUUGGUUCCUCUGAAGAAUGCUAUAAUUUGUUAACGUCUGUAAAUACCUCUAUGGCGUACAUUCCCAAAGAACUCCACGAAAAGUACAGCGAAGAUCUGAGAAAAGAGUUGGACAGAGGAGUACAAUUCACGAAAAUUUACAAAAAUGGACAGGAAACGUUCGAGUUGAAAUUUAAUCAGUUAAUUCUCAUUGGUAACAAACUGUAAAAACAAUAUAACUUAUUUUUAUUAAUGAAUUAUACUCAAGUCUUGUUUUCUGAUAUCGCAUUUAUUAUCAAAUUGAUUGCCUUGAGAUGUUGUUAUUUGCGCAUCUAUUACAAUAACGUUGAGUGUGGAGCUGUAUUUAGUGCGAAUUGUUUGUCCGAAAGCAAUACAAACAUGCUUGGUAUUUCCCGAACUUUGACCGAAAAGCAGAAAAUUCGUUAUCUCAAUAAGUACAAACAUAAAUUGCAUUGAAAAAUAAGAGUAGCUAUACACGA